GGAGGGGGAGGGGGGGAAAGGGAAGAGAAGAGAAGGAGCGGGGGGGGGGGAAGAAGCCCCACGCCAAGCACGGAGCCGCCCCCCGCGCGAGCGUGCGGUGAGCUCGCGGCAACAGAGACCCUUCCUCGCCCUCCUCCUCCUCCCCCCCCCCCCACCUCCUCCUUCCUCCUCCUCCUCCCAGCACCACGCUCGGGGGUCCCGCGGCGGGGGGGGGCUGAUGCCACCUGCCCUUCUCCUCCCCUGCCUGUCGCCUCGCCCGGGGAGCGGCGGAGCGAGGGGGCCCCGUUAAGGACGAGCGCCGAGGCGGAGGCGGCAGCGGCGGCAGCAGGGGGAGCGGCGGCGGCGGCGGCGGCGGCGAAGGCUCGGCCCCGGCGGCGCCCCCGCGGCGCAGGAUGGCAGACACAGACCUGUUCAUGGAGUGCGAGGAGGAGGAGCUGGAGCCCUGGCAGAAGAUCAGCGACGUCAUCGAGGACUCCGUGGUGGAGGAUUACAACUCGGUGGAGAAAACUGCUCCAGCUGGCACCCCCCUGGUGCAGCAGAGUGGGCAGCCUCUGAUCCUCACGCAGAGCCCCAGCAUGGUGCCCCAGCCGGUGCUGCGCCCUGUGCAGAUCAUGCAGAAUGCCAACCACGUCACCAGCUCGCCUGUGCCCAACCAGCCCAUCUUCAUCACCACCCAGGGCUUCCCCGUGCGCAACGUGCGGCCGGUGCAGAACACCAUGAACCAGGUUGGCAUCGUCCUGAACGUGCAGCAGGGGCAGACUGUCAGACCCAUCACCCUCGUCCCAGCGCCGGGCACGCAGUUCGUGAAGCCUGCCGUGGGCGUCCCGCAGGUGUUCUCGCCGGUGGCACAGGUGCGGGCGGGCAGCGCCGUGCCCGUGCGCCCUGCCGCGGGCACCUUCGCCACGGUGAUCCCUGCCACGCUGACCAUCCGCAGCGCCGUGCCCCCGGCGCCGCCCGCCCGCUCCACGCCCAGCACCUCCGCGGCCCCCGCGCCCGCGCAGCCGCCGCUGGGGCACCCCCCGGGGCCGCUGCCAGCCCAGUCCUGCCCCGCGCCCAGCGCCAAAACAGGACAGGGCCCUGCCCCUCCGGGGGUGCCCAACUGCAGCUCCGUGCUCGGCCCUCAGCGCUCCUGCGGCUCGGAGGCAGCGGCGAAAGUCAGCUCCAAUCCUGUGCCCACCUUCGACCUGCAGGACGGCGGCAGAAAGGUCUGCCCCAGGUGCGAGGCUCAGUUCCGAGUCACCGAGGCCCUCAGGGGGCACAUGUGUUACUGCUGCCCCGAGAUGGUGAAGUUCCUCAGGAAAAGGAAGUCUCCAGAGUCCGAAGCAAACCUGCAGGCUGCCAAACCUCCCUCCCCGGACAAAACCCCAGCGCUGGCUCCUGCACCCUCCUCCACCCCUGUCCCUGCCCUGUCCCCUCCUGCCAAGGCUCCAGAGCCCAGCGAGGCCCUGGUGGACUCCACCCAGAGCAAGCUGAUCAUGCUGGUGGAUGACUUCUACUACGGCAGGGAUGGUGGCAAAGUCAACCAGCUCCUCAACUUCCCCAAGGUGCCAACCUCCUUCAGGUGCCCUCACUGCACCAAGAGGCUAAAGAACAACAUCAGGUUCAUGAACCACAUGAAGCACCACGUGGAGCUGGAGCAGCAGAACGGCGAGGUGGAGGUGCACAGCAUCUGCCAGCACUGCUACCGCCACUUCCCCACCCCCUUCCAGCUCCAGUGCCACCUGGAGAACGUCCACAGCCCCUACGAGUCCACCACCAAGUGCAAGAUCUGUGAGUGGGCCUUCGAGAGCGAGCCCAUGUUCCUGCAGCACAUGAAGGACACCCACAAGCCCGGGGAGAUGCCCUACGUGUGCCAGGUGUGCCAGUACCGCUCCUCGCUGUACGCGGAGGUGGAGAGCCACUUCCGCCUGGUGCACGAGGACACCCGGCACCUGCUCUGCCCUUACUGCCUCAAGGUGUUCAAGAACGGCAACGCCUUCCAGCAGCACUUCAUGCGGCACCAGAAGAAGAGCGUUUACCACUGCAACAAGUGCCGGCUGCAGUUCCUCUUCGCCAAGGACAAGAUCGAGCACAAGCUGCAGCACCACAAAACCUUCCGCAAGCCCAAGCAGCUGGAGGGGCUGAAGCCUGGCACCAAGGUUACAAUCAGGGCAUCAAGAGGACAACCCAGGACAGUGCCAAACUCUUCAAACGACAUGCCCCAGGGUGCUGGGCACGACUCCAACCUGCUGGCAUCUUCUGCUGACCCCCAGCCCAUCUUCAUGUACCCUCCCGUGCCGAGGAGCGUCCAGAAGAGAGCCGUCAAGAAAAUGAGCGCCUUGGGCAGGCAGACCUGCCUGGAGUGCAGCUUCGAGAUCCCAGACUUCCCCAACCACUUCCCCACCUAUGUGCACUGCUCCCUCUGCCGCUACAGCACCUGCUGCUCCCGCGCCUACGCCAACCACAUGAUCAACAACCACGUCCCUCGGAAGAGCCCCAAGUACUUGGCUCUGUUCAAGAACUACACUGCCUGCGGUGUGAAGCUGUCCUGCUCCUCUUGCCUCUUUGUCACAUCCGAGGGGGACUCCAUGGCUGAGCAUUUGGUCUUCAACCCAUCCCACGAGUUCAGCAACAUCAUCUUCCGAGGGCCUUCUUGGGUGCCACACUCCAGGCACCUCCAGCCCCAGGACAGGAGCUUCAGGCCCCCCUGUCCCACCUACCCCCCGGGCAAAGCUGCUGCCCAGCCCGCGGCUGCUGCGCAGGAGGAGCUGCAGCCCCAGCUGGCACCGCAGCCCUACGGCAGAGCCUCCGUCUGCCCCGAGGAGGAGGAGGAGGAGGACGACGAAGAGGAGGAGGAAGAGGAGGAGGAGGAGGACGAGGAGGAGGACGAGGAGGAAGGGCUGAAGGCGGCGGCGGCGGCGCCGUCGGGCAGGGAGGCGGCGGAGGCGGGGGCGGGGGCCCGGCGGGAGCCGCUGUCGGUGAGGAAGCUGCGGGUGGUGCUCUUCGCCCUCUGCUGCGGCACGGAGCAGGCUGCGGAGCACUUCCGCAGCCCCCAGCGCCGCGUCCGCCGCUGGCUGCGCCGCUUCCAGGCGCGGCAGGAGGACCGCGGGGCCGGCGCCGAGGGCAAGUACCUGAGCCUGGAGGCCGAGGAGAAGCUGGCCGAGUGGGUGCUGACGCAGCGGGAGCAGCAGCUGCCGGUCAACGAGGAGAGCCUCUUCCAGAAGGCCACCAAGCUGGGCCGCUCGCUGGAGGGAGGCUUCGAGAUCUCCUACGAGUGGGCAGUGCGGUUCAUGCUGCGGCACCGGCUGGGCACCGCGGCGCGCCGGGCCGUGGCUCACCCCCUGCCCCCCGAGCUGGAGGGCAGCGCCGGCUGCUUCCUGGAGUUCGUGCAGCGCCAGAUCCACACCCAGGACCUGCCGCUGGCCAUGAUCGCCGCCAUGGACGAGCUCUCCUUCUUCCUGGACGCCGAGGUGCUGAGCAGCGACGACCGCAAGGAGAACGCCCUGCAGACGGUGGGCGCCGGCGAGCCCUGGUGCGAGGUCCUGCUCACCAUCCUGGCCGACGGCAGCCUGCUGCCCGCCCUGGUGCUCUACCGCGGGCGCCUGCGGCAGCCUGCCAGCCUGCCCGACUCCAUCGUGCUGGAGGCCCGGGAGGAAGGCUACGGCGAGGAGGAGGCGAUGCAGGUGUGGGCGUCGCGGGUGUGGCGGCGGCACGCCCGGUGCCACGGCAGCAAGGCCAUGCUGGUGCUGGACUGCCACCGCUCCCACCUCUCCGAGGAGGUGCUGGCCCUGCUGAGCGCCUCCCGCACCCUGCCCGCCGUGGUGCCCGCCGGCUGCAGCGCCAAGAUCCAGCCCCUGGACGUCUGCAUCAAAAGGACUGUGAAGAACUUCCUGCACAAGAAGUGGAAGGAGCAGGCCAAGGAGCUGCUGCUGCUGGACUCGGCCUGCGACUCCGACAUCCUCCUGCAGCUGGUGCUGUGCUGGCUGGCAGAGGUGCUGGAGGUCAUCAGUGACUCCCCCGAGCUGGUCCAGCAGUCGUUCCUGGUGGCCAGCGUCCUGCCGGGCCCCGACGGCACCGCCAACUCCCCCGCCCGCAACGCCGACAUGCAGGAGGAGCUCAUCGGCUCCUUGGAGGAGCAGCUCAAACUGGCCGAGGAGGAGGAGGACGAGGAGGAGGAGGAGGAGGACGACGAGGAAGCGCCGCGGGGCGGGGAGCAGCUCCUGCUGCUGGAAGGGCAGGAGGAGCGGAGGAGGAGGAGGAGGAGGAGGAGGACCCAAGCUGAAGACUCCACAGACCCUGGGGUCCUCCAGCAGCUCUUCGAGGGGGAGAGUGAGACUGAGUCCUUCUACGGCUUCGAGGACGCCGAUUUGGAGCUGAUGGAAAUGUGACCAAACCCCAACCCCUCCCCCCCCCCUUUCCCCAUCCUCCCCCCCCCGAAACCAACAAACAAUCACCACAAAAAGGCUCAAUUUUGGGUUGGUUUUUCUUUCUUUUACCCCCCCCCCAGCCCCCACCCUGAGCUCCCUGUGGAUCGUUCGUGGGUUUUAGGCAAAAAGCUGUAGAUAAAAUCUCUCAAAGCCCAACCCAACCCCCCCCCCCCCCCAAAAAAAACCUUUUCCUCUCUGCCCUCCUCCUCCUCCUCCCCCCUUGGGUCUCAGUUUUGGGUUCGAAAGGAGAGAAAAAAAGGACAAAAAGCUC